UCUUGUAGAACUUUUAUCAGAAAGGUUCUAAAAAUUAAUAGAAGCUAACAAUGUUUGGAAGAGAGGAAAAUUACUUGUCAUUUCCCUCCAUUGUUUUUCUCCUUCUACCCCUUGUAUUAUUCAUUUGGAAGAAGCUUACCUCUCAAUGUUUCAAUAUACCACCAGGUCCAACACCAUGGCCAAUUGUGGGCAAUCUAGUCCAAAUGGGUAAAAAGACACACAGUCACAUAACAUUUGCACACUUUGCCAAAGCUUAUGGCCCUCUGAUUUCACUAAGAGAAGGUACUCGGCUCGCCGUCGUUGCGUCUUCACCAGCAGCCGCAACAGAAAUACUGAAGACCCAUGAUCGUCAAUUCUCAUUCCGGUUCAUACCGGACAAGUCCAGCGAUUCCAACCCUGAUCCUUUUAGCAUGGCCUCGCUUGUCUGGGCUCCUGAAUGCAGUGGCCAAUGGAAGGUGUUACGGUCAUUGUGCCGGUCUGAGUUAUUCUCACCCAAAGCAAUAGAUUCACAGGCCAAUUUGAGAAGAACAAAAUUGGGUGAAAUGGUCAACUUUUUGGAAUGCAAAGAAGGCCAAGUUGUGCAGAUUAAAGACGUUGUUUUCACUACUGUUUUCAACACUUUGUCUACACUCUUCUUUUCCAAAGAUCUAGUCCGCUUUCAAGAUGGAGAAGAGGAAUCCAGUGGCUUAAAAGACCAUUUUAAGGAGUUGGCAGAGCUUGCUGGUAAACCAAAUAUCGCAGAUUUUUAUCCUAUAUUAGAACGCUUGGACCUUCAGGGUAUAAAGAAAACCACCAUAAAGUGCGUCAUGCAAAUUUACAGUGAAUGGCAACAUAUUAUCAAAGAAAGAAGAGUAGGUCGCGGCAAUAAUAGUCCGUCAAGAGGACGUGAUUUCCUCGAUGCCAUGCUCGAAAACAAGUUUGCAGAUUAUCAGAUUAAUCAACUGAUUAUUGAAUUGUACAAUGCAGGUGCAGACACUACAACCACUGUAGUAGAGUGGACAAUGGCAGAGAUGCUGAAAAACAGAGAAGCCAUGGAAAAAGUUCGUGAAGAGCUCAGAAGAGAAUUCGACCAAGAUUCGAAUAUCUCAGAGUCAGUUGUCUCUCAGCUUCCAUAUUUGAAUGCAUGCUUUAAGGAGACAUUGAGAUUGCACCCACCUGCUCCAUUCCUUCUUCCACACUGUGCUUCUGAAACAUGUAAAGUUAUGGAAUAUACGGUUCCAAAGAACUCCCGCGUGAUUGUGAAUUUCUGGGCAAUUGGGCACGACCCUGAAAUCUGGGAAGACCCAUUUAAAUUCAAACCAGAGAGGUUUAUUGGGUCGGAGCUGGAUUACAAAGGUCAUGAUUAUGAGUAUUUACCAUUUGGAGCUGGUAGGAGAAGCUGUCCAGGACAACCUCUGGGGAGCAAACAAGCGCCAUUGAUUUUGGCUUAUCUGCUACAUUGCUUUGAUUGGUCUGUUCCAAAUAACUCACCCAUUGAUACCAGUGAGAGGCUUAUCUUAUCUUUGGAAAUGGUACAUCCUUUAAAACUUAUUCCCAAGCGGAGAUUUUAGCACCUGUGUAUUUCUAGUUCAGAUUUCAGAAUAUGCUUCUUUUUCAAUUAGUUUGGUUCACUCUGUUUUAUUAUGUUUAAUUUUCGUAUUUAUUUAUUUGGAUUGGAAAUAAAAAGGCUGCUUA